AUCAGCCGGAACGUAAACAGUCGCUGCUUUUCACGCUUUCCGAUAAAAAUGUUUAAAUCACACUGUGUUAAUUAGAACCAAAAUCAAAAUCAAUGCGCCUGUGGACGCGAACGACUCGAGAUCGUGUGCGCGCGAACGCGGAUUGAACAGCGAGUUAUCAAAUAAAACAAGAGGCGAAGCCUAGUAACAGAGUGCGUGAGAAGGCGUGAUUGGUGAUUUUUGGCCCGUGAACGAAUCACGAGCAAAGCGGAUAAACAAAAGCCAUAAAAAACAGAUUCGCACGAGAAUCGAGAAGUCUGUGCGCAUAAAUUAUAGCCUGGAAUUAAUAUCGGAGCAGCCUGGUCCACCUGGAAAUCGGCGAAUCCGACCAUCUGCCAUGGACGACGAGUUCAAGCUGUGCUGGAAGAACUUCCAGGACAACAUAGCUAGCGGCUUUCAGAAUUUGUACGACCGCGGCGACCUGGUGGACGUGACCCUCGCCUGCGACGGCAAGCUCCUCCAUGCCCACAAAAUCGUGCUGGCCAUUUGCAGUCCUUACUUCCAGGAGAUCUUCACUACAAAUCCCUGCAAGCAUCCCAUCAUAAUACUCAAAGAUGUUAGCUUUAAUAUUAUGAUGGAGCUGCUGGAGUUCAUGUACCAAGGUGUAGUCAACGUGAAGCACACGGAGCUGCAAUCGUUUAUGAAGAUUGGCCAGCUGCUGCAGAUCAAGGGCUUGGCCACCAACUCCAACUCCUCGCCGGGAUCGAGUGCCUCCGAGAAGUCCUCUAGUCAGCCGCCCGCAGAAGAAUCGAACAACAGCAAUAACACUAGCAAUAACCAUCAGAACUCCAGUUCCAAUAGCAAUAACAACAGCAAGUCAGAAGCGGAUCACAAUGAGUCAAAGGGCCAAAGCAAUUCGAGGACCACUUCGCCAGGUGGUGCCAGCAGAGCCUCCAACGAGGCCAGUCACCUGUACAACGCCAGCAAACGACCGAUGCCGUCGGAUUUUGGCAGCGAUUCCCUGUCCAUUUACUCCGGAAAGCAGCUGCGGCGCUCCUUGAAGGAUCACGGAUCCGGUGGAAGCGAAGGCGGCGGUGGCGAGAACACGGACAGUGCCGCAGGCAUGGAAAACAGCCUGAACUCGGAGGAGUUCUUCCUGCCACCCAUUCCGCACAUAACCAUGGGAGAGCCGCGCUACGAUCUCGGUGGGCUAAAGCGAGAGUCGGAUGGCCACCACCACGGUCCCUCGUCGGGCGGUAGUGGCGGCAGCGUAGGCAGCCUGGCCUCCUCGGCCUCUUCCUCGGCGCCCAUCCGGAACCCCUUCGCGCCGGCCUUCAAUCUGGACUACAACUUCUACAAGAGCGGCAACAGCAGCGGACCCAGCGGCAGUGGCAACAGCUCCGGCGGUCCUGGAGGCAUCAACAACAACGGAUCCGUGGGCUUGGGCUCCGGCACCGAAUACCCCAACGAGUUGUACAUGCCCAACGACUACUCCAAAAACUUUGCCAACCACAUGGACAUUCCCUCAAGCGGCAGCAACAUGGUGAUGCUGUCCACCACCUCGCUGCUCCACGGCAACUGCGUGUUCAACCGCAACAACACGGUGGCCACGCAGCAGGGCAUGAAGACCUACUGGCUGUGCAAGUCCUACCGGAUCAGCAUGUGCCGGGCGCGGUGCAUCACCCACCUGGGCAGGAUCAUCUCCGCCACGGGCGUGCACAACCACCCGCCGCAUAUGCGCGGUCAGGGAUCCUCGUCAGCCUCCUCGUCCUCGGUUUCUGGAACGGCUUCUGCCGGUUCGGCUGCCAUCGCCAACCAAUCGGGAUAUUCCCUGGCGGACGGUGGCAGCCACCUGGGCACGGACCUGCAGCAUGGCAACCGGGUGAGCAACAUGUUCGCCAACCAAACGCCUCCGCCGCCGCCGCCUCCACCUCCGCUGCCAGUGGCAUCCACGACGCACCACCCGCACCAUCACCACCACCUGGGACAGCCGCUGCCGAAUCUCCUGGUGCAGCAUCAUCCGACGCCGCCGCACAUGGAGCAGCACGGCGGGUCGGCGAACCUUAUGCAUAACCCGAACCUCAUGCACCUGCAGACGCACCAACAGCAGCACCACCAGCAGCACUCGCCACACAAUCCUCCGCCGCCGCAGCAGCACAAUCUAGAGCUGGGAGGAGGCUCGGGAUCCGGAGCGGUGCUGCUCUCGCCGGUGCACCUGCAGCAGAGCCCGCAGUCGAACCGCAGCAGCCACUCCCUCCAGGCCCAGAGUCCUCCGCCACAAGCCGUGGAGGAGCAGCAGCAGGCACACCAGCAACAGCAACAAGAGGCAGCCUCCGCCGAGGGAACAGGGGAUCCCAGCACUGCGCACGUGAUCAACUCCAUCACCAUUUCCCCGAGCAGCAGGCACAGCUUCAAGAUGGAGAACAUGUAAGACUGCCGCCGGGGAAGCAUCCCCCACUGCCCCAAAAAGAGGAGGAGUAAUUUAUUUUGCCUAGUUAGAGUUUGUAGUAGAAAAUUGAAUUUGAUUCGAGCCAGAGAGAGUAACCAAUGUAAAUACUGUAUUUGAUAAACUAAUGCGAAACGAUAAACCAACCAGUACUAAUGGGCGCUGUGAAAUGAAUCCCAGAUUGAGCUAACCAGGUUAAUUUUGGAUGCGUUUCGUGGCCCUGAGCGUAUAUCAAUGGGAAGCCACCAACUAACCAAAAUAGGGCUACAAUAAGUUAGAAUAAAUUGCAUUUUGGACCUGA